GUGAGCGCGACCAGCAGGUGCGAGCGCGAGCGAAAAGAUUGGCUGCGGCAAAAGUCGUAUUCGGAAACGUUCUUGGUUCUUGAUUAACCAUUUUGGAAAAGAUUAAAUGCUUUCGAUGCUAGUGGUCACCUCGUGAAAAUGAACUUAUUCCACGCCAUUUCGUUCGACAACGACCAGGAGGAUCUGCUUUUAGGACCCGAUUUACAAAUAUUUGGCGACCAUGUGGAACUCAGUGACCGGAUCAGGAAGACACUCUACUAUGGAAAACUGCCGACGACGGACCGACCUUCCUUGGCGCUGACAGGAAUUUCUGUUGAGAUGUUUUCAAAGGUACUACCAAAUGAUGGGCUUAAAGUUCUCGACAUGCACUAUGCAGCAUCGGUGUCAAGGAGGGCCUGUAUUACUCCAUGCUCCAUGAUGCUGGCUAUGGUUUACCUGGACCAACUGCGACACAAGAACCCACAGUACAUGACUUCUGUUUCAUCGUGUGACUUGUUCCUGGUAUCUAUGCUCGUGGCUUCAAAAUUCCUGUACGACGAUGGUGAAGAGGAUGAGGUCUUCAAUGAAUGGGCUUCAUCAGCAAACAUGGAGCUGAAGGACCUGAACCUUUUGGAGCGGGAGUUUCUGGAUGCUCUCGACUGGAAUUUGUAUGUGAAACCCAAAGCAUUUGCACGUGUUCUGGACAACAUGGAAACAAGGAUUGCGUACUUGGAGUCCACAAAGCGAGGUUGGACCACUUACACGGAUGUGUGUGUGCUGAGCAAAAGUGCUGUGCUCAAGCGUUGUUGGCUACUAGUCUAUGACGGUGUGAUCAAGGUUAUUGCCGUAUCUGCCAUUGCCUAUGUUGCUGCAGCACUGACUCUCUUUGGUUCAGCAGUCCUUGUACACAAGAUUGCCCACACAAGCCAGCAGCUGUUUCAGUGCUCAAGUCUUGGCAACCAGCACAUCAACCUCCUCCUUCCCGCUCACUCCAAUGCCAGUAUUGUCGUGCCCCCUUUCCUGAGCUCCUGCACCGAUCAAGACAGAGAAGACACCGUAGAAUGUGUUCCGGACAAACCUCUCAGCGUAUCAAACAAACCUCCUAGCCAGCAUUCCAAAUCUGCUUCCAACAUGCCAACACGCCGCAGUAUCUCGGCUCGACCCCAAGCUUCACGAGUUUGCACGGGAGCGCCCCACCAUCCACUGAUGGCUAGCUGUGUGGAAGUGACAUUCAGCCUCUGACGGCUGCCUCGUCAUUGUUCAGCUCUGUGGCUAUGUUUGGACAUCCUAAAUAUGGAGGUGUGUGGCUGCAAACAAGGCGCACUUGUAAAUGUAGAGCCCAGUGCUUGUUACGCUGUACAUAACCACUGGACUUGGAUGGAGUGAUGGUUAGGAGUGAGAAAUUCCUAUGUGGCCAUCUUCUCUGCACCACUGGGGACAAAAUGGUUCGUCUUUUUUUUUUUUUUUCCACAUCACUUUGGUAUAAGCAUUCAACAGACAGUAACAAUUUUUGCAGCACCUAUUCAAGAUUUUGCUAUUUCUUGGGAAUCAUUAACUGAGAAGUGCUUGUAAAAUGCUGCCAUCCUGGUUUUUUAUUUAUUUAUUUAUUAUUUUUUUUCUUUGCUUAAAUCUUUUUGUGGUCAUUGCAGUAAGAGUCAAAUCUGGACAAAACUGGCCAUUUAGGUGGUACUUUCUUAACUUAGUUACCCUUUUUCUUGCUUUUUUUUUUAAAGAAAAAUGCACCGGUGAUUGUUGUAGUGGUUUCAAUAAAACAGUGCAGAAUAUUUCUAUGCAAGACCUGCUGUUGGCCAUUGUGGAAAAGUAUGAACUUGUAUUCAGGGUAUGAUAUACAGUUAUCAUGCUGCAGUUUCCAUUAAUUCGACCUUGGGAUGUGAAGAAUUGGCUUGUAUUUAGCAAAGGUCAUUAUUAAGUAAAAGCUAUAGUAAUGCAUGGGUGAUAAAUGUGUGUGAGAAUGAGGUGGUUUCCUAUGCAUUAGGAUUUUGUAAUAGGCAAAGAAUAGCACUAUAGGGUGCUGAAAUGUUUAUUUUGGCUUGGGCUGUCAAAACCCAGCAAGUAUGAAGAGAACUGGGAAGCUAGACGUUUUCACAGCCUGGCAACGAUAGGUGAAAGGGUGCUGUACAUAAAAUCGGCAUGUGCUGCUUGCUGGGAACCCUGGAAUAUUGCCCUGCCAUGUGUGGCUACCAUGUUGCACGUCACCACUACUCUCUUCAAAGAUUUCAGAAGAAACAUUGGUUCUUGUGCCCAGCACAGCCAAUUGGAUGCUGCAUGUCACCAGUUCUCUCUUGUUCAAAUUAAACAUUUUUUACAUUCCUUUAUUAAAUUAAGGACCUUUUCCUGUGUAAUUAUCUACAAGAACCUACUGUGACCUUUGAGCAUGGUCUAAUCAAGGAAAGAGUUUAAUUGACCAUUGUCAUAUAAGUUGACUAUUAUUUAUUCCAUGCCAAGAAAAAAAAAAAGGUUUGCAUUGUUGUGAACCCUUGAUGGCAGUACUUACAGACCUCUACUCCUGCUCAGCUUGUACAAAACUUCAUUUAUUGAGUUUUCCAUUCAUUGAAAAUAAAUAUGUGCUGCUUGC